AUGAUUUUCCUAACAAUUCUGCUAUUACUGGUGGGCUAUGCACUUCUGAGGAUGUGGUUGACUCGAAAGUCGCUCCCACCCGGUCCCAUCCCGAUUCCUUUCGUUGGAAACCUACAUCAGUUGGCUUAUAAAAUUAUGGUCGAAAAGAAAGACUUCGAUUACGGUAGCGUGCAUACAUUCUGGUUUGGACCCGUUGCUACAGUACAGAUCUGUGAUUAUCCAAGUGCAGUUGAAGCUAUGAUAAAAAAUGGUUCCGCUUUUGUAAACAGGGCUUUGCCAUUUCUGUUUGAGACCUCGCGAGGCGGUCGAGGAAUUCUGGCCUCGAAGGAUUCAUUUUGGACAGAGCAACGACGAUUUUCAUUGCACACUUUACGUAAUUUUGGAUUGGGGAGGAAUAUCAUUGAGGAGCGGAUCAUGUACGAAUUGGAUUUCACGUAUCAAAUGGUCGAUGGGCAAGUAUCUUUAGACCCUAACCACUUGUUCGAUCUACUCGUUGGGAACAUUAUCAACAGGAUUUUGUUCGGAGAGCGUUUCGAAAAAAAAAAAGGUUCGGUCAACUUCUGUGAAGUAUGGGUUCUGGACUCAACGAUAACGCUUACGAUUUGUAGGAAAAAAGAUAUCGCUGAAGGACUUCAUUCAUUGGAAGGCGAAGGGAAUGAUUUUGUUGAUGCAUUCCUCAUACAAAUGGAGAAGAAUAAAAAACUCGGUCUCCAAACAAGCUUUGAUGAUGAGUCACUGACGCAUACACUGCUUGAUCUAUGGGCAGCCGGUCAAGAAACCACGGCUACAACACUGAAAUGGGCAUUUGCAUACCUUCUCCUGCACCCAGAGGUGACAUCGAAAGCAGUACAGGAGCUUCGAAGCGUAACUCAUUCCAACAGGCCUCUAUCUCUUGCGGACAGAACCAACACUCCAUACUUCAAUGCAGUACUUACCGAAAUUCAUCGAUGUGCAGCGAUCUUCCCAAUGAAUCUUUCGAGGAGGACCGAAGGAGACACUUCUGUCGGGAAGUACACAAUACCUGACGGAACCUCGGUCAAUGUACAGUUGGCUCUUAUUAUGUCAGACACUGCAUAUUUCCCAGACUAUGCUGAGUUCAAUCCGGACCGAUACAUGGCAGGACAGAAGUUAGAAGAGCAAGUCAUUCCAUUUGGAAUAGGACGGCGGGCAUGUCUUGGAGAAUCUCUAGCCCGAGCAGAGUUAUAUCUAAUAAUAGGAAAUCUCCUUCUACGGUUCGAUAUAUCGACUAACCCAGACCAUGCACCAAUGGACAAAGCCAAAUCUGUGUUUGGAGUCGUUCGGAAAGUGUCUCCGUAUCAUAUUGUUUUCAGUCGCUCAUAA